AUGACGGAUCACGGCCGCGAUCCUUGCCCAUGGGUCAUUCUGAAUGACUUUGGCGGCGCAUUUUGCAUGGGCGCUAUUGGAGGUGCUGUGUGGCAUGGCGUAAAAGGCUUUCGGUAUGUGAUGCGACGCAAAACCAGUCCGUAUGGAGAGCGAAGAAUAGGCGCAAUCACAGCUAUGAAGGCAAGAGCGCCUGUGCUAGGCGGUAACUUUGGUGUCUGGGGCGGUUUGUUUUCAACCUUCGACUGCGCGGUAAAAGGGAUACGAAAGAAGGAAGAUCCCUGGAAUGCCAUCAUCGCUGGCUUCUUCACGGGCGGCGCGCUUGCUGUUCGUGGCGGCCCGAAGCAAAUGAGGAACGGCGCAAUUGGCUGUGCCAUCCUGCUUGCUGUCAUCGAAGGUGUCGGCAUAGGAUUCCAGAGAUGGAUGGCCGAAGGAACCAAGCUAGAACCACCACCGCCGCUGCCGCAAGCUGAGCCAGCGAAAGCGCUAGCUUGA